AUGCCAAAAUUCAGAACUCCCCGCCGCCAAGACCCUGACCGGGAAAACUUUUACACAGGCAGAGUUUUUGGUGAAAAUAUAUCCGAUGUUAAAUUACACAUAGAUGAAGGAGUUAUUACAGGAAUAAUUCACACACCAGAUGAAACUUACCAUAUUGAGCCCUCGUGGCGCCAUCUACCGGACCAGAAGGACGGCACCAUGAUCAGCUACCGCUCCUCCGAUAUCCGCUUCAGCUGGGCGCAGGGCGACGGCAGCAGACCUAGGGUGUGCGGAUACGUGAAAGAGGGGCGAGAAUUAGAGGAAGACGAGGACACAAUCAACAGCGACCUGGAGGCGGAACACGAGCGCCUGGAGAAGCAGAAGUAUCUAGAAGGCUCUAGAAGCGCGUCGGAGGGCGAACGAAAGCGGCCAAAGAGGCAGAGCGAUUACGAAUACACGCCGACCAAGACCAGGUGUCCACUCCUGCUGGUGGCAGAUUACCGCUUCUUCCAAGAGAUGGGCGCCAGCAACACGAAGACUACGAUCAGCUACCUGAUAAGCUUGAUCGACCGCGUCCACAAAAUCUACAAUGACACCGUAUGGCAAGACAGACAGGAUAUGGACGGCUUCAAGGGUAUGGGGUUCGUGAUCAAGAAGAUCCUGGUGCAUUCAGAACCGACACGAGUCAGGGGCGGCGAGGCGCACUACAACAUGGUGCGCGAGAAGUGGGACGUGCGAAAUCUUCUCGAGGUUUUCAGCCGGGAAUACUCGCACAAGGAUUUCUGCCUCGCGCACCUCUUCACCGACCUGAAGUUCGAGGGUGGCAUCCUGGGACUGGCCUAUGUCGGCUCCCCCAGGAGGAACUCCGUGGGCGGGAUCUGCACCCCCGCCAUUUCGCUGCGAAAUUACUUCAAGAACGGCUACACGCUGUACCUGAACUCGGGGCUGAGCUCGUCGCGCAACCACUACGGGCAGCGGGUGAUCACCCGCGAGGCGGACCUGGUCACCGCGCACGAGUUCGGCCACAACUGGGGCUCGGAGCACGACCCCGACGUGGCCGAGUGCUCGCCCACCGCCAGCCAGGGCGGCUCCUACCUCAUGUACACGUACAGCGUCAGCGGGUACGACGUCAACAACAAGCGCUUCUCGCCGUGCAGCCUGCGGUCGAUCAGGAAGGUGCUGCAGGCCAAGUCGGGGCGGUGCUUCUCCGAGCCGGAGGAGAGCUUCUGCGGCAACCUGAGGGUCGAGGGCGGCGAGGAGUGCGACGCCGGCCUCUUAGGCACAGAGGACAACGACAUGUGUUGCGAUAAGAACUGCAAACUUAGAAAGAACCAAGGUGCCGUCUGCAGCGACAAGAACUCCCCAUGCUGCGCGGGCUGCGUUUUCGCCGCGGCGGGCGUGGUCUGCCGCGAGCCGGCGCACUCCGCAUGCGAAGGGGAGGCCACUUGCAACGGCGCCACGGCCGACUGCCCUAAAGCACCAGCCAUAGCGGACGAGCACGAGUGCGCCGAGAGGGGACGCUGCCGGAACGGCUCUUGCGUGCCCUACUGCGAAACGCAGGGGAUGCACAGCUGCAUGUGUGACAUAGUUGCGGACGCGUGCAAGCGUUGCUGUAGAAAAAGCCUAAACAAGACUUGCUUCCCGGUUGCGCACAACGAUAUAUUGCCCGACGGUACGCCCUGUAUACAAGGCUUCUGCAACAAGGGCGUCUGCGAGAAGACCAUACAGGACGUGGUGGAGCGCAUCUGGAACAUAAUCGAGGACAUAAACAUAAACAACGUGCUGGGCUUCCUGCGAGACAACAUCGUGGGUGUGGUGGUGCUGGUCACCGCUCUGGUCUGGAUACCGGCCAGUUGCGUGAUCAGCUACGUGGACAGGCGUAGGCAGCGGCAGCACCAGAAGUACCUCGAGUGGGAGAGACAGCACGACCUAGUCCAUCCCUCUUCCCCACGGAAGAUCAUCCACACCAGAUUGCCGAAACAGAAACCAUCCGGCUUGAAGAAUAUAAUACAAGGCACAAGUCAACUG